AUGGAGGAAGAGGUGCAAGCCGUGGUGAUUGAUAAUGGGUCGGGUAUGUGCAAGGCGGGAUUUGCGGGGGAUGACGCGCCACGAGCUGUGUUUCCUUCUAUUGUUGGCAUGCCGAAGCACUUGGGCAUUAUGGUGGGCAUGAAUCAAAAAGAAGCCUACAUUGGUGAUGAAGCGCAAGCAAAACGUGGCGUACUGACUUUAAGAUACCCGAUUGAGCACGGCAUCGUCACCAAUUGGGACGACAUGGAGAAAAUCUGGAGCCACACAUUCUAUAACGAGCUCCGUGUAUCACCGGAAGAACAUCCGGUGUUGCUAACUGAAGCCCCGUUAAACCCAAAGGCUAAUCGAGAGCGCAUGACGCAGAUCAUGUUCGAGACUUUUAGCGUGCCUGCGAUGUAUGUGAACAUUCAAGCGGUGCUGUCAUUGUAUGCUUCUGGUCGGACAACAGGAUGCGUGCUUGACUCUGGUGAUGGAGUCUCGCACACAGUGCCCAUUUAUGAAGGAUAUGCAUUGCCACACGCCAUUAUACGGCUCGAUAUGGCUGGCCGUGAUUUGACGGACUAUAUGAUGAAGAUUUUGACCGAACGUGGCUACUCGUUCACUACGACGGCGGAGCGCGAAAUCGUGCGUGACAUUAAGGAAAAGUUGACCUAUGUGGCGAUGGAUUUCGACGGGGAGAUGCAAAAAGCGACAAAGUCGUCGGCGCUUGAUAAAACGUACGAACUGCCUGAUGGAAACGUAAUUGUGAUCGGCAGCGAGCGCUUCCGUACGCCUGAAGUCCUUUUCAAUCCCGCCAUGAUUGGUCGCGAGUGUUCAGGCAUCCAUGGUUGCACUUUCCAGACUAUCAUGAAGUGCGACGUCGAUAUCCGUCGAGACUUAUACAACAAUGUGGUCUUAUCAGGCGGCUCGACAAUGUUUCCAGGGAUCGGUGAUCGCAUGAUGAAGGAGAUGACCAAGCUAGCUCCAACUGCGAUGAAAGUCAAAAUUAUUACGCCACCCGAGCGCAAGUACUCGGUCUGGAUUGGAGGCUCUAUUCUGGCUUCACUGGCUACGUUCCAGCAUAUGUGGAUUUCGAAGACGGAAUACGACGAGUCAGGGCCUUCCGUUGUGCACCGCAAGUGCUUUUGA